AUGACUAAGUGGAAUUAUAUAGGUCAGAACAUUGGUAUUCAAUUGGUGUCUGCAGUGAGCGCUUCUAUUGACCAUUGGUUCUCUUGGAGAGAGAGAAAACACACUAAGAACCAACUUACAUGUGUAACAUAUGAGCUCUCCCGUGUGAGCUCCCUAGGACUCUCCCGUGAAGAAGAAGCAGAACUAAGACGCAGCACUAAGAAAGCCAAGGAAUCCCACACAUCUGAGCCUCCCACUGAUGUCAGGCAGCAAGGGAAUAGCUUUUCCGCUCCUUUUGGAGCACAAGGACCAAGCUUAUCCUUUAAGGAUAAGCUGAUAGGUGAAAUACCAGGUGCCUAUACACAGGCAUUUGACUUCACUAGAUACAUUGAGAACGAGAUGGAAGCGGAAGCAACAGUAAAGGUCAUUAGGGAAGGGUUCGCUGCUGUCAACCUUUCUAAGGAAACCAAGCAACGAAUUAGAGCCAACUGGACCAAUGCACUCAUCAUUAAGGUGUAUGGGAGACCGGUUGGUUUUAACUACCUUCACUCAAGGAUUCAUUCUCUCCGGAAGCCCACAGGGAGACUUGACUGCGUCGACCUGGGUUGUGAGUUUUUCCUUAUCCGUUUUUCCUGUAGAGAAGAUCAUGACAUGGUGUUGAAGAAAGGCCCCUGGUUUAUAGAGGAUCACUUUCUAGCUAUAAGGCCAUGGGAGCCAAAUUUCGAUCCCGAUGAGGCGAACAUUGCAUCGAUUGCUGUCUGGGUAAGGCUUCCAAAGCUCCCCAUUGAAUAUUAUGAUGCAGAGGCGCUCAAGGAAAUUGGUCAAGCUAUUGGUACAGUUCUAUGUAUCGACACUCAUACAGCAACGGAGUCAAGGGGACGAUACGCAAGACUUUGUGUGCAAGUCGACAUCAACAAACCAUUGAUAUAUACUUUAUUGAUCGGCGGCUUCCACCAAGCAGUGAUAUACGAGGGAAUUAGCAAGCUUUGCUUCUCUUGUGGCAGAGUUGGUCACCGCUGA